AUGCGCAACGUAUUGCCUCCUGCUUGGGUUGGAGGUCUGACAAGCCUUGCUCUCGGCAGCAGGGCCACUCUGGUGGCGCGGGCGAUCGCCGCCAACACCGAGUUGGGCACUGAGAUGAUGGGGCUUUCCCCUGAGCAGCGCUUCCUCGUGGACGCCCGCAUCGACCAGGACACGCUGGUCACGGUUUACAAUGCGGAGCUUUCCGCAGCUGGACAGUUGCCUCGGCUUCAUUUGGACAAUCAUGCGGGAUGGAUCGCCCACUCGAAGCCCACCCGUGGGGCAUUUUUUCAGCUGAAAGAGCUCUGCGCCGGCCUUGGUGGCUUCUCCCAGAAAGCCAACUUUGUGGGAAUCAAGACGGUCGCCUGCCUCGACCACAGCCGGCUGGCGUGUGAUGCACUUCGGCGCCAGGGCCAUCAGGUGGUGCACGCCCAGAUGGAGGACAUGGAGGCCUCCUGGUAUUUGCAAUCCGUGGGCCUCAUCCUGGAAUGUGUGCACAAUGCCCGACACAAUGUGGACGUGCAGAACCUCCUCGAGUGGCCCAUUUGGAGCAAUGCUGAUGAGUCCAACCUUCAGUGGACAUUGGAGGAGGAGCAGAAGUACGGAGAUCCUCAAUAUGGCAACGAUCUGCGAUUUUCGGUCAUCUCCAGCAGCACCGGCAUGAAGCGCUUCUUGCACCCGGGCGAAGAGUACCAGCACAAGCUCCUGCAAGACCGGCUUCUACGCUGGAUCACACCGUCCAUGUUCAUGCCGCGCACCCUCACCCUCACAGAGGACGGAGAACCCGAUGCCCUGGUCACGCUAGACAAGCCAACAACCCUGGCUCAGCUCAAGAAGGCUGAAACCUCCCUCCAAGGGUGGGGAGCAGCAAUCCAUGUCUACCCGGCCGGCUACAACAAAACUGACAAUGAGUUGAUCACCAGCCAGGUAUGCACCUACUACGAGACGGCUCCCUCCUCUCGCCUGCGGGCAGCCGGGCUGGCCACAGCCGACCACACCUGGGAUGAGACUGUGGCGCAAUUGCUGCUGCCCACUUUGCGUGGCACCUCCAAUUGUGGGACCACAUUACUCAGGACCGACCAGGCAAUUGCCAAGCUCGGCACCGGGCCCAUUCAAAAGGCCCUGAAAGACAAGAAUUGCUGGCAAGCACUCAAAGCAUUAGCAUCCAGACCGGCCACCAGGUUCCGCUGGAUCCUCUACGACGAACUACAGGCUAUGCACUUCAUCAACGACGCCCAAAGCAUCUCCACGGAUGCCCUUGCCAUCAUCACUACCUCUGAGCUCCCCACGCAGCCCACUGUGCAGCAAGCGGAAACCAUUCGGUUCCCGGCGGUCUACACUGGGACCAACGAACCUGUCCUUCUGACAGGGAGCCUCAUCCAGAUCGGCGACACGACGGUCAAGCAAGUCACCAAAUCUGCCGAACCCCUCCAGGAUGAGAUCGCCACAGCUACGAUUCGGGUCAGCGUCUUCGCCCCACGACUGGCAGGCUUUCGUCAAAGCCCCGAUCAAGUCCAUCGUCAAGAAUACGCCACUGCUCAGAAGUGCCCAGAUGCCUCCUGUAGCGGCAGAUGUGGCAAAUUUCACCCGGCCAUCGAGGAACCCGUCGACUAUGUCAUGCAAGACGUAUGGGCUUGGACAUAUGCCUCGGCAGAUGGAAAACGGACUGCCAUCGAGCACUGUGUACUUUUCCAUGUAGCCAAAAACGCAGAUGCCUCGAAGCUCAUGCAACUCGAGGUCAGUGUUCAGGAGCUCCGCGACCAAAGCAAACGAUUCGAAAACUGGUUCCACGAGGUCAGCCAACACGGCCAGAAGCAGGCGGAAGACCUCAAGCUUCUGCAACAGGUCGUCACACAGCAACAAGGCGACCUUACCGAGGUCAAGCAACAAAUUCGCAGCCAGGGAGACGCGCUCCAAGCCGCUGUUGGCAACAUCAAGCACGACCUCUCCUCCCAGAUCGACACGCAGUUCCAACGCUUUGAGGCCCUCUUGGCCAAAAAAAGCACGCACCGAUUGACUAUGUCAGCCCGGAUCCCGGAAGCGACCAUCCGGGAAGCCGGCCAUGAUCGCACCAGCCGCCUGAUCUUCACCGCUUUGCUUUGGGUCACGCAGCUCUACUCCUGCGCGGCUACUGAGCUUCUGGCUGUGGGUACCACAAACCCCUCGGGAUUGAACGGCAAGGAGGACCUCCAAAUCCAACGAGGCCCAGGAAUAUGGCAUCUCGCCGAAACUCAAUUGUCCCAUGUCACGGGAGCAGAAAACUCGCGCAGCUCGGCCGUGCCCAACAGCGGCAGGUCCGAUGCAUUGAGGGUGCUCCCGCACCACUCAGGGCGCACUCUCACUGGGCUGGAUCAUGGACUGGGGUGCUCAUCGCUACAGACCUUCCAGCACGACCCCUCACUCUCCUGGGACGCCGGCGUCUUCGAAACCGGCAGAAUCACCACGGCCAGGCACAUUUUCGACGGCGUGCCCAUCACUACGACGGCCCAACGUACCCGGACGCCCGCGCUCUCACAGAUCGCCUGUUAG